UCAGGCGCUUGUCGGAGGUGGACCGAAUCCUUCUGGAGAGUUUGGAUAUCGGUCGUUCCAGGCCCAGGCCCACCGGUCGAUUCCUCACGAUGCACAAGAGACGCCGUAAGAGGCUUACCACGAGAUCCUUAACCGAGGAGCCUGGUAUCCUGGACGAUAUUUUCCAUGGCCUGGUUCAGUGCGUGUUACAAAAGGCCGGAAACUGGCGAUUUAAUGCGUUCAUGCUGGAAACGGUGACGGGAGGACGUUCGCUGCCGGUACUCUGCGUCCAUCUUUUUCACUGGUACGGGCUGCUGCAGCACUUCAACCUGGACGUGGUAACCGUGUGGAAAUUGUUCGCCUUCAUCGAGGAGGGUUAUCACAGUACAAAUCCUUACCACAACAGUAUACACGCGACCGAUGUGACUCAAGCGAUGCACUGCUUCCUCCAAGAAGAAAAAAUCAGAACGCACUUAACCAACUUGGAGAUUAUGGCUUCGCUGAUUGCCGCGGUGACGCACGAUCUGGAUCAUCCGGGCGUCAAUCAACCGUUUCUGGUUGCCACGAGCAAUCACUUGGCUGCUCUCUAUCAAAACACGUCGGUUCUCGAGAACCAUCAUUGGAGGUCAGCGAUAGGAUGCCUUCUGGAGAGCGGAGUUUCCGAUCAACUGCCAGCCCACGUGAGGCCGGAGCUUCAACGGCACAUCAGCUCGUUGAUUUUGGCCACAGACAUCACCAGGCAGCAAGAGUUUCUCAUUCGAUUCAAGCACUACUUGGAUGAGAAUCUUCUGGAGAUGAGGCGCGCGGAUGACCGGCAUUUCAUUCUGCAAAUAGCCCUGAAAUGCGCUGAUAUAUCGAACCCGUGCAGACCUUGGGACAUCUCGCAGAAGUGGUCGCACAAAGUAUGCGAAGAAUUCUUUCGUCAAGGUGAUUACGAACGCCGCCUGAACCUUCCGGUGACGCCAUUAUGCGAUCGACAUACCACUAGCAUACCAAAGAUACAGAUUGGAUUCAUUAAAUUCGUCGUGACGCCUCUGUACGAGGAAUGGCAUCGUUUCCUGGGCGACGGUCUCAGCGUGUCGUUAAUGGAACACCUGCGAGCCAAUCAGAAGAAAUGGGAGGCCUUAAUUCUUCAAGAAACCACGAAGGAAACGGACACGGAAAUCUCGGAGCUAGAGGAGAUGGAGGACGCCGUUAGUUCCGUGGAUGAUCCAGCCGCGGAGGAUGAUACAGCGAGUAUCGAUUUGCUGAUACCAGCUGCCUACGUUCAGUCAUCUAAGAUGCAGAGUUUGCCAGCGCGAGUUGGCCUCGAACGCGUUGGAAGACGGCAUUCCGUGCCGCUGAGUAUCACGAAACCUUUGACGCUUCUUCCACGAAGCAACGUCAGGCGUGAAAGUCUACCUACCGAACAGAGCAAAUCGAGGAACCUUUUGUGGAGACUGGACGACCAGAGUCUUUUAGAUCCGAGUUCUUUGUCUCUGCUGUCAUCCAAGACCAGUAUCCCGGAGCUUUCUCCGAACGCCAGUAACACAGGGGAAAGACCAGUGAGCGCUGAAAGCCUCCUGCCGGAGACCAGCAUAGCCAGCAUCACCAACAGCACCGAAGCUUCGAGAAUAAGCACGGUGCUGCAGUCGGAUGUUCAAAAGCCAGCUACGCAAACGAAACAGCUAACGAGACAGCAGACUUUCCCUCCGCUGCAACCGUUCGUCAGAAUGAGAUACCUAUCCACCACUGCCGAGAUGUCGCAGUGUUACUCGCAGAUCCUGAUAGAGGCCGACAGCUCGACCUCGUCGUCUGGCUCGGUAAAGGAAAAAUUAUGCGCAGAUGGUCGUUGCGGUACUCCCCCUACGAAGGAAAUGGACAUUAGUAACCUUACAGUGUCAAAGGAGAUGGAUGUGUCAAACAAGAGGCGAGGUUCCGCCAUUCCGGAGACGUUCAGACAGAAAACGGAAGCCAUGUCUGCCAUCGAACAUCCGCGUCGUCAUUCGGUCCAAACCAUCCGCGUCGAAGACGUGAACUUCAAAAAUCGUUACAAACGACCGACUUCUGCUCAAGGAUCGGAUUCCACGCAAAUCUUCUACGCGUCGUUGACAAGUUCGCAUUCCGACAAAGAGGGUCACAGCAUCGAGGAGGAAUCCAAGGUGGAUGGCACUUUGAUGACGAAGUUGGAGAGUGACAGAUUGAUAGGCGAAGAGCAACGGACUACGACAGUGGCAUUAAAUAAAUCGGAACAGUGUAGUUCGGUUAUUGGGAAGGCAAAGUGCACCAAUUCCGAAUUGCGAAGAUACUCGACUCCUGUACCAGAAUCUAAGACAAUAACGACUGAUACCGGUGGCAGACGAUUUACCGCGAUACCAGUGUCCUCCGAACUUAGCACGCAUAAAGUGUUCUUCAUCGGUAGCCCACCAGACUCGCCACCCUUUGUUCAGAGCGUGUCUUCGUCGAGCGACAGUGGUAGCGACUCGAGAAAAGCAGAUAUGAAUAACGAGAUCGUUCCUAGCGGUAACAAACGGGACUCGGAUCUCGUGAAGGAAAGAAGCUCGAAGGUAGCUAAGCUAAGUCUUGAUAUGCAGAUGAAAGAAAACGUUGAUCCUCGAGCAGUGGAAGAUACGAAAGGGAUUGCUUUAUCCAGAAAAGGAAGUCAGUCAUGGACUAGACGACGUGGGUCUGCUCCAGUUGGUCUCCUAUCUAGACUGGAUGAUAUUACGGUGCCAUCUAUUACAACUAGAGUUGAUCACACUUCCAGACGUGGUUCUGUACCAAACGACAUCACUAGACAGCAAGGUGGUGGCUUUAACAGAUUAGCCUUGGGACCUCGAGAAGGCAAUGUCGCGGCACCUCGGAGAGCAAGUCUUCCGCAGGAAACUGCUCUUGGAAAUCUCCUGGGCAAUAUUUUGUCUUUAACCAAUGAACGAGAAAAUGUCCCAAUAAAUAAUAACAAUAAUAAUAACAAUACCGGAAGUAGCAACAAUAACGGAAUAACAAGAAUAAUCGAUAGCAUCGGUCCUGGCAUGCCGUCGCCGCGGCGAGGUUCAGUGCCGGCAGACAUAUCUGAAUUACGCCGUGAUAUGUUCAAUAGGAGUAGCAUAAAUGGGUCGGGAUCAGGGGCACGAAGAUCCAGCUUAUGGAGACUCUAGCAUGCAGUAGAAACAAGCGGGCCGUCCUUGUUAUCAGCGGUUGACAUCAGAUCAUUGAAUACUACCCGUACUGACAGUCUUUCCUUACAACGUUAGCAGCAACAGCGAUGAUUGACUUCCACGUUUCUGGAUUGCCAAAAAUGGAACCAACUGUAAUUGUGGGCAAGUGAAUUUUGUAAAAUUAAACGAGAUUUCUAUAAUAAUAUUUGCAAUAAGGAAACGAGGGAAGAUGCACGCAGCGAUUUAUUCAGCGAUCGCUAAAUAAUUUUAUUGCCGUUAUCGCAAAUAUUAUACGUAUUAACGCCUAUAGUAAAGAAAAAGAAACAAUUUACAUUUAAAAAUGAAAACGAUAUGUGUAUAUCUUUGAACAUUGGCGCAGAAUAGAAAUUCAAGAUUGGCAGAUCGCAACGUGAAAUAUCUUGCGACAGGGUUAAAUAAUAAGAACGAGAGAAGGAAGAAAAAGACGAAUUCUAAACUCUUCCCCGCAAUUAUGCGUCCACGUGGAAGACGUAAAAAGUAUAUACGCAUAUUAGUUAUGUGAGCUCUAUAUCCAUUUGUGCCAUACACAAAUGUUGUUGAAAACGAGACACAGUCAAACACAGGGUUCAAUAUGACGAUUUUAAUAAUUAAAAUGCCUAGGUUCGGAGAAGGAAAAAAGACUGGUAGAGAAACUCACCGCUAUAAAAUUAGACACUUUUAAAGUGGCACAUAAAUUGAUUGAAACUUAAUGACAUUUGCUCAUAGUUAAGAAAAUUACGAUUUUUCGAAACAAUUGGGACAGAAUGAUGUUUAUGUUUACUCGAUUAACGAUCAUCCUUAGCGUUCGUCAUCCCCAUUAAAUAUUAAAUACGUUUCUGCACCCACCUCGAAGAUAUCAUUUCUUGUUUUUCGUUGACAAUCUUACGGAUAAAACGCAAAUUAAGUUGAAUUUAUUGUUAAGUCGAGAAUAAGGGAAAGUAACGACUAUGGGAAAAGUAGUUCUGAUAAAGAAAAAAAGGGAAAAAAAAUAUAAUAUACUCAAUAUCAGAUGUAGUUUCCUUUGAACUCUAACGAAAAUCAAGAUAGACAUUCCAUUAAAACAAAUAGCGUGCAAUGCGUAGUAACACGAAUGAGAAUUAAUCAUGAUAAAGUUGUAAUUAUCGCUAUUUAUCAUCAUUCAUUAUACUAUCAUAAUCAUAGCCAUCACUAUUGUCAUCAUCGUUGUUGUUAUAGUUAUAAAUGAAAUCUUAAUGACCGUUCAAGUAGAUAGUCAUUAUAAACUUAGGAAGUAACAAUAUGUGCGUUUACUCUCAAAGUUAAUUAGUUAGUGAAUUGCGUGAAAUUAUAACCAUGAUUGUUUAUUAUCGGUGAAAACAAAAGAUGGUUACGAUGAGUGGGUUUACGGUACGUGAACCGAGAUCAAUCAAAAGCCACAAAAUUCGUUCAUAUUAUCUCCUAAAAUAUUAAUUUAGUAAAGAGCGUUCAAUUAGUAAACUUUAGUUACGUAAAGUACAAUUAUUAAACUGCCUGUGCACAAACAUGUACAACACAGAUGAAGCGUUAGUUUGUUUUAGUAUAAAAUUUUUGUUAUUAUAAGGUUCUCCUACGAGAAAGAAAUCUUUAAUAGCGUUUUUAAUUACGUUUUUUAGAGGGUAAGGGAAAGUAAUGAUUUAUAUCACGUACUGUUAUAACCUAUCGUCCCUCUGACUGUCAGAAAGUAAAGAACUAUUAUUAAGCCAUUGCAGUUCAGUAAUAAUAUAUACUGAGUCUAAGUUUAUAACUAAUCAAAGUAAUAAUUGAUAUCUGUAUCGAUGUAAUAUAGAUAGGUCAUCCACUUCCCAAGUAAAAUGUUGCAAAGCUUAACAAACUUUCCCUGGUAAAAUUUCCAGAUCUUCUCAAUGCAGGAACUAUCAGAGCUUUAUGUGUAUUUUACUCAAUGACCAGAAAACCAAGGUGGAAAGGAAAAUCGCCUUAAAUAGAUUUCAAAUCUUUGAACACGAAACAUGGAAAUGAUUCUUAAGUUUUCCUAUUUGUAAUGCAGGAACACUGCAUAAACGACUUGUUGUAUAAGUGUAUUAACAACUAAGUUAGCAUAAAACUACUAGUCUUUCUAACUCUUAAUAUAAUUUGUAUAUAAAUAUAUAAAUAUUAUAUAUAUAUACAUCUCAUUUGACAAAGAAAUGCACAGCAACAUGCCAAGCAACACGUUAAUGAAAGAUAUUGAAAGAUUUCAGUGAAAAAUUUAUUUAUUUAUAUUCUUGAAAUACUUAUCUCUACAGACAGACCAAUAAAAAUGGGACUAAACAGAAUCUCUUUAUGAAAACGAUAAUUGAAUUAACUUCUCAACUAAAUUUGAAUUCAAUGAUAUACAUGACCACUCUGUCCAACUACUUUUUGAAGAAUUUAUGGCACCUAGAUAUACAUGUUCCCUGUUACGAUACAAAACAUGCCUCAUUCCAAUAGAGAAUUAUUGAUGUACUUCAAAAA